AUGGAGUUUUCACGUUUGCUGGCCCGAUCAAUGAAGCAGCCCGCCUGCGUGGCCAUACCGUUGAGCCUUGGCGCAAUUGCUUUGAUGGGCAGUCUGGAGCUUCUGUGGCAAGUAGAGGUGCCGAAUACCUUAGAAUAUGGUUUAUUAUCAGAAGAUUCACGUCUCGAUCGUUUCUCUAAGCACUGCUUGGCGGAAGUGGCUCUGGCAGAAGAAUCUGUGGAUUUGCAGCCAGCGGACUGGAAACUUCAAAGUGCUUUGGUUAUGGCAAGCCACGGAGAAGCGAGUGCAAGGCAAGGUUGGCCAGACGAUCCAAGGCCGCCGUCCACUUGGGAUUGUCGCCCGACCGACUUGCCAAGGCACUGGCAUCUGAACCAGCAAGUCCAUUUCCAAGUCGUGGCUGAGGAUGGCAGUGCUUUGGACCGAAGCUUUGAGCCGGAUCUCCUUGCAGAGGGAGAGGGGGGAGAUACAGGCGAGCCGUGGGCAGGCAGGAGUUGCGCAGCCCAGCAGCUGACAUCCGAUGGUUUCAAGCAAGCGGUGCUUCUUGGAAGGCGCCUCCAAUGGCAGUACCACGAAAGACUUGCCGAGGCCGCGCUCGACGUUUUGAGCGUGGAUACCAGGCGCUCCUUGGCGACGGCCCUGGGGAUUCUCUUGCCUUUGGCCUCCGACGUGGGAGAGGGUGCCACGAUGUCCAUCACCACACUGGAAAGCUCCGAGACCCUAACAAGCCUUAGCGGCGAGAUAGAGUCUGCACUUGAAGACAUGCAAUUUGGUGCUGACCUUCUGUCCAGAUGGUGCAACCAUGGCAGCCUGCCAUGCAAUGCUGACGGUUGCCUGUCGCCCAAGGCAGCAGCGGAGCUUAUUGCCAAGGGCGAGUUGCAAGCCUGCCAAGCCCUGCUUUCCGAUUCAUCUCUAGCUUUUCAGCUCGCAGAUCGUUUGCAGCAGACGGUGCUGAGCCCGAAAGGUCGCCUAUCAGUGCUGAGCGUCUCUGGCAUUGACCUAACUGCCAGCCUCGUCCAGCUCUUGGGCAGAGAGGCCUGUGAAGAUGCAUUGAUGGCCCGGCCGCCGUGGUCGUCUUCUUUGGUGUUUGAGCGCUUUCGAAGCAACCGUUCGCAAGCACUGUGGCGGGUAUUGUGGAAUGGCCUAGACAUCACCCAGCGCUUGGUAGGUUGCGAUUUGCAAUCUGACGGUUGCUUAGAAGAGAGUUUCUUCAGCUUGCUCAAGGACAAAACAAUGGGGAGACAUGGCUGGGAGGUAUACCGCUAA